UAAAAUCUUGUCCAUCUUCUUCAUCAUUGUAUCCUGAGUAUCGUCCAUGUGCUUAGCAAAAAACAGGCACUCAGUUAAUGCUUGUUGAAUGAAUGGACUUCUUCCCACCUGUACUAUAUUCUCUCUAGCAGGAUUUCAUGUAUAUUAAGAAGGAAAAAGGAUGCAAGUUUAUUAAUGUGGUGUUUGAUCAGGAAUAUAAAUAGUUGCUGGAAAGAACACUGACAGCUUGAAAGCAAAAUGAAGCUCUUUCUAUUGCUUUCAGCCAUUGGAUUCUGCUGGGCUCAGUAUGCCCCAAAUACUGAAUCUGGACGGACAUCUAUUGUCCAUCUGUUUGAGUGGCGCUGGGUUGAUAUUGCUCUUGAAUGUGAGCGAUACUUAGCUCCCAAACAAUUUGGAGGGGUUCAGGUUUCCCCACCCAAUGAAAACGCAGUAAUUAAUAACCCUCCAAGACCUUGGUGGGAAAGAUACCAACCAGUUAGCUACAAGUUAUGUACAAGAUCAGGAAAUGAGAAUGAAUUCAAAGACAUGGUGACUAGAUGUAACAACGUUGGUGUCCGUAUUUAUGUGGAUGCUGUAAUUAAUCAUAUGUGUGGAAAUGGUGUGGCUGCAGGAACACGCAGUACUUGUGGGAGCUACUUCAACCCUGGAAGUGAGGAUUUUCCAGCAGUCCCAUACUCUGGUUGGGAUUUUAAUAAUGGUAAAUGUAAAACUGGAAGUGAAGAAAUUGAGAGCUAUAAUGAUCCUUCUCAGGUCCGAGAUUGUCGUCUCGUUGGUCUUCUUGAUCUUGCACUGGAGAAAGAUUAUGUGCGCUCCACAAUUGCUGAAUAUCUGAACCGUCUCAUUGACAUUGGUGUAGCAGGGUUCAGAAUUGAUGCUUCUAAACACAUGUGGCCUGGAGACAUAAAGGCAAUUUUGGAUAAACUGCAUAAUCUAAACACAAGAUGGUUCCCUGCCGGAAGUAAACCUUUCAUUUACCAGGAGGUAAUUGAUCUGGGUGGUGAGCCAAUUAAAAGCAGUGAGUACUUUGGAAAUGGCCGUGUGACAGAAUUUAAAUAUGGUGCAAAACUAGGCACAGUUCUGCGCAAGUGGAAUGGAGAGAAGAUGUCUUACUUAAAGAACUGGGGAGAAGGCUGGGGUUUCAUGCCUUCUGACAGAGCACUUGUCUUUGUUGAUAACCAUGACAAUCAGCGAGGGCAUGGAGCUGGGGGAGCAUCUAUUCUUACAUUCUGGGACCCUAGACUGUACAAAAUGGGAGUUGGAUUUAUGCUCGCUCAUCCCUACGGAUUUACACGAAUAAUGUCAAGUUACCGUUGGCCAAGACAUUUUGUAAAUGGACAAGAUGUUAAUGAUUGGAUUGGGCCACCAAAUAAUAAUGGAGUCAUUAAAGAAGUUACUAUUAAUCCAGAUACUACUUGUGGCAAUGACUGGGUCUGUGAACAUCGAUGGCGUCAAAUAAGGAACAUGGUUGUGUUCCGUAAUGUAGUUGAUGGCCAACCUUUUACAAACUGGUGGGAUAAUGGUAGCAACCAAGUAGCUUUUGGAAGAGGAAACAGAGGAUUCAUUGUCUUUAACAAUGAUGACUGGGCAUUAUCUUCAACUUUGCAAACUGGUCUUCCUGCUGGUACAUAUUGUGAUGUCAUUUCUGGAGAUAAAAUUGGUAACGAUUGUACAGGAAUUAAAAUCUAUGUUUCCGGCGAUGGCAAUGCUAAUUUUUCUAUUAGUAACUCUGCUGAAGAUCCAUUUAUUGUGAUUCAUGCAGAAUCUAAAUUAUAA